AUGGCUUUGGCAACAUUACCAACUAUCAAGAAUACUACUGAAGAUUUGGUCUGUUUAUGGGACAAAUGUUCUAAAUCUUUCGAAGAGCCCGAACUGCUUUAUAAUCAUUUGGCUAAUGAUCAUGUUGGAAGAAAAUCUACUGGAAAUCUUUGCUUAAGUUGUCAUUGGGAUAGAUGCGAAGUUCAAACAACCAAACGAGAUCAUAUUACAAGUCAUCUAAGGGUCCACGUACCGUUGAAACCGCAUAUAUGCGACACUUGUAAGAAAGCGUUUAAACGUCCACAGGAUUUAAAGAAACAUGAGAAAAUUCAUACUGAUCAACAUCAACAGCAAAUUACAAUGAAUAAAAAUCUUCGAUUAAAUAAGGUUCUCCAUCCGCCAACACCACCAUUAUACUGUUCAAUCUCUGAUUCUUCUCCCACAAUUUCUUCCGUCUCUUCACCCGGAAAUCCUCCUUUAUCUCCAGCCAAUAGUGGAAUUUCUGAUUUGCUGGGUUUCUCGCCAAACACUCAUCCAAUUGCUUCCGAUAAUAACACAUUGGAGUUAAGUCAUGAUUACUGGACUUUAAAUCACAAUCAGCUAGCUGCUGCCAAUCUUGACUUAACUUCAAAUCCACUCAAUAUUUCUCUUAAUCACCGUCAUCACAAUAAUAAUCACAGUCGUAGUCAUAGCAUCAACAAUAGUUACACUCAUCACCAUUUAAGCAACAACGCUCGUUCAAGACAUCAAAAACAGAAACGUAGCGUUGAUGUAUUAUUGGAUGAAUUUUAUCAAGAUGUUAAACGCAAACGUCUCGAACCACAGUACAGCCAAGAGUUAAUGAAAAAAUUAGAAGAUAUAUCUGAUGGUUUGUUCGGCAACAAUGAUGAUGAUGAUGGUUUUUCAACUUUGCCUCCUUCGUUCUCAACAAAGGAUGAUUUAAAUCAAUUCAACGACUUCUUUUCGAAACUUUCACAAAAUAUCAAUAACAAUCAAAAUAACGCUGGAGGAAUAAUUUUGGUUGAACCUGCUAUCGUUUUCAACAAUAACAGCAAUAACAAUAAUAGUAAUAGUAAUAGUGGUUUAGCAUCAAUUAUUUUGCAACCUGAUGCUUUUACUCCAAUCUAUAAUGAUUUAGUUAUGGAUAAUCUUUUUCCUGACACAUUGCCAUCAAAUAUUAUACCAUCGCAAACUGAUCUUUAUAAUCCAGCUGAUAAUGCAAUUCCAAGUCCGCCUUUAGAAAAUGGUGUUAAUGGUUGGCCAUCAUCACAUCCUUCCACCGGCCAACAAAAUCUUUAUGGUACUGCUCCUGGUUUUCCACCAAUAACAAAUGAUCCUAAUUCGUCAUCACCAUCACAAUACCUCGAUCCUAUCGAUCCUUUCAAUAUGUCAGUUUAUAUGAAUAGUGAGGAUACUAACCUUUUAAAUAAUACUCACAAAAUGUUAAAUUUACAGCGAUCACCUCAUGAUAAGAAGAUAGAGGCACCUGGUACUACUACUAACAACAAUAAAGAUAAUAUUAUUAAAGUCGAAUGUAUUGAAAAUGGUGAUAAUGAUGUUGGAAAUGGGUUUACGGAUAUAAUGAUUGGAAAGGCCGGUUUGAAAGAAGUAACAAAAACCACCACCACAUCAAUCACAACUGCAGCGCCUACAAUUGAUAAUGAAAAGUUAAAACAAUAUGCCAAAUUGAUCGAUGCUAUUCAUAAGAAAGUUAAUCUUAUGUUUAAGAAAUCAUAUCUCGAACAAAUCAAUAACAAUAAUAGUGAUAGUGGUGACAAGGAUAAUGAUGCAUUGAUACUAUUGAAUAAUCAAGUUAAAUAUCAACAAAAUUUGACGGUGAAUUAG